UGGCGGCCGCGGUGAUCGGAGACACAUGAUCAGCAGCAGGGCGCGCUCUUGUGUCUGUCAUCGCUUAUUACUAGAGCGCGGAUAUUUGAAGCGGGGAUAGGGCUCCGUAUGGCGGACGUGGCCGGACAGUUCAGUUCUCCACCGGUGAAGAUGCUGGCGGCACAGCUGAGGCAAUGUAAGAAACGGCCGGGGGCGGCGCCGUCCUUCUGGUUGGAGAGGUCGUCUGGCGGCGGGGAGCUGGAGGUCAGCGUGGUGUGGAUGCAGGGCAACGUCCUCCAGGUGCGGCCGGAGCGGGGCACCACACUGCGCCUGACCGACGAAACCCACACCUUCACAGUGUGCGGGGCGGACAGGGUGCCCAAGGGAAAGCCGUGCCUAGAGCCAGGGAAGUAUGUGAUGGUGAUGGGCUCUGUAUUAUCCUGCAGCCCUGAGCCCAUAAUUCGUGCUGUGAAGAUCAGCGAUUUAUCCGAAAAUCCUGUAAAUCGUACAAUGUGGAAAUAUGAAGUGGAGGAUUUACAUAUGAACAUCCAAUACAGUUAGUGUACCUGUUGUACAAAUACAUUGGACCAUCACUGGCAUAGUUACUCUUUAAAGACUUCUCUUGAGGCCACGUUGUUGAAAACGUUACCAGCUGUGCAUUUUGGUGGGAAAUGAUCAUAUGACAUUGGUGGUGGUAUUUAUUGUCCUAGUAAUUAAGUGGUUGUUUUAAUAUUCUGCUAUUUGUAAAAACAGUGCAAUAAAACAGUGUUUGUAUAGUGCUUGCACGUAUCAGUUUAGAUCCAACC